AUGGAAUUGCUGUUUGAAUUUCUUCCCAUCUUGAUGUUCAGUCCAGGACCUAAAAAAACAGGAUUACAGAGCAAUGUGAUCACAAGAGAAGUGGAGAUAAAUGAUGUGCCAAUAGGGUGUAGAAAUAUGCUGACACGUGGGGCCACACAGGAAGAGAUUUCAAAGUUAAGUGGAGCAGCCGUGGCAACAAAAGGAAGGUACAUGAGUCACGAGGACAAAAUGAGAAACCCAAAGGAGCGUCCAUUAUACCUAAAUGUACAGGGGACAUCUCAAGAUGCUGUAAAUUUGGCUGUGGGAAGAAUAAAUGAGAUUAUUGCAAACGGUAUGGCAAAGCAAGGACCACGGAUGAGUAGGUUUGCAGCACGCGCUAACAACCCUCAGCCUCCACCUCGGCAUCCACCACCUCCACUGAUGGGUAUCAACAAUAAUAACCAGACGGCAAACAUAACACUGUUGCAAGAAAAGCUAUACAUUGGCCUUGAACAUGCUCCGCCAAAUUUUAGUGUGAAGGACAAAGUAUUUGGACCUGGGGGGGCAUUUCUUCAGCAUAUACAGGCUGAGACAGGUGCUAAAGUGACUUUACGAGGAAAGGGUUCUGGGUUCAUAGAACCAACUGGCGGGGAGGCGAUGGAACCCAUGCAUGUACAUUUACAACAUAUUAAUAUGAUGGGACUUCAGCAGGCAAAGGAAUUGGCAACAAACCUCAUUCAGACGGUACAACAGGAGUACGCUGCCUUCCAGCAGUCAUUCGUUUCCAUACCUCCGCCUAAUUUGGCUAUGCCGCAGCCAUCAAUGUUGGUUCCUCCACCACAGUUGGUCAGCUUGGCACAACCUCCGCCUCUGCUUCCAGGUCAGCAUAUAAUGACGUCAGUGCCUCCACCUCAGCCGCUGUUACAGCAACCACAGCCCCAGACAACAUACAUGACACCUCCACCACAAGCUACAAUGGCAGUGACUCUACCAGCUCCAGGUGUGGUGAUUCCACAACUAGCUGCCACAAGCCCAGCACCUCCUUUAGUCUCACAACCACAGCCAGGCCCAAUACUGCAACAUUCCCCACAGAUACCCAUGUAUGGUCAACCUACAAGUCUUGGACAGCCAGUACAACAGUACAUGCAAUCUUCUGAACAACAACUAAUUGGUCAGAUAGGAGGUCAGCCACCAUUGAUGGUGAGUUUAGCACCAGGGCAACAAGGUGGUCAGGUGGUUUACUCUACAGUGGCCGGACAAUCUCUACAACAACCUGUACAACAGAUACAGCCCCAGCUGAUUCCGACAGCCAGUGUACAGAUUCAGCAACCUCAAGCGCCCCAAUUAUUACAGCAGCCAGCACAAGUUAUUCAACAACCUGGACUCCAGCCACAACAACAAGUUGGUUUACAGCAGCAAAUAACAGUACAACAACAACAUCAACAACAACAAUUAUUGCAACCUCAGCCCACAGUUAUCUCCAGUUCUCAGCCAUACAUGCAGCAGCCAAUACUGCAGACCUCAGUUCCUCAAAUUGUCCAGAGUACGAAUCUUCAGCCUGCGCCAGCACCUCAGCCUCUAGGACAACCACCAGUGGGCCAGCCAGUCUCCUGGGGCGCUCCGCCUGCAUCUUACUCAACUAUGCCAGCAGGCUCGGCCCCUGGAACAGUGUACUCAGUAGUACAACAUCCAACCCAGAACACAGAAAUGAUAAUGAGCUCGCCUCAAGCACAAACAACUGUUGUGAUGACAUCAUCUAACGGUAGUGUGCCCACAUCCUCGGGCUAUGUGUACAAGACAGGGCCAGUGGAGGAGCCCAAACGAAGGUUCACUGAGGAAAAACAAGAUGAUAAACUACCAGAGGGUCUCCUUGGAUACGAGCAUGGACCUCCUCAUUUAACUAACCUGAUGGUACAGCCAGGCCAGGCAGCACAACCUCCACCCCAACAACCACAGCCUGUUCCCCUUCAGCAACCACCCCAACAGAUGACAACAACAGUAAAUGCUGAUCCUCAACAACAACAACUGGUGUAUGGCCAACAGCAAGUAAUACAUUCUCCACAGCCAGAGGUACCGCCCCCACCACCUCAACAACAACAUUUAAUAUAUGGUGGACAAGUUGUACAUCAACAAACAACAGCAUUACAACAACCACAACAACAGUUUUCUGUUGUCAGUCAGCAACAGAUGCAGCAACAACAUCAACAACAACACAUUUUUCAGCAGGCUCAACAACAACAACAGCAACAACAACAACUGCAGCAACCACAAUUAACACAAUUACAGGAACAACCUAGGGUGGAAGGAGAGCUACAAGUUACCCAGGCUACAACAACUGCCAAUCCAGGGGAGCCUCCAAGUGAAGACAAAGUGUUGAUGCCUCCACCACCACCUCCUGUUGUCAGUUUAAAGAGGCAGCAAUCACCUGGUCUAUCUCAACAACCAGGCCCAGAACAAAGAAAAAAAUCUAAAGGAUUUCAUGAAGAAGAAGAUGAUAUUGAUAUACCAUCAUCUAUUGCAAGCCAAGCUAAAGAAAUGAAGAAAUUCUCCUUCAAUCAGUACUCCAGUACCCCUCAGUUAUAUACAACUCAAACAGCAAGCUCGUAUAGUCAAUAUGGGGGCGUGGCUCAAAAUGGGAGCCAGUCACCAGGUCAGGAGUACCAGCAUGAUCAACAGUACCAGCAGCAGCAACAACAACAACAAUAUAUACCUGAUGGUCAAAAUGCUGCCCAGCAAUAUGUCAGCAUGAGCAGUCCUCAGGCAAGUGUAUAUGGUCAGUCAUAUUCACAUUACAGUAUGGCAACAUCACAAGGCUACAGUCCUAGCACCUCACCCCAGCAACCUCCCCCACCACCACCACCACAGUUUGAUAACCAAAGGGCAAGGUCACCUGACAUUGGGGAUAAAGGUCGAGGGUUUAAUCCUCAGUAUGUGCCAUCGUACACAAGAGAUGAGAACAAUUUGCUACGGCAACCACCACCUCCCCCUCCACCCCCUGCUCCAGGAAGGUCAAGGACAUUUUGGUCUUGAGAAGGUCACUUUGAAAUCAUUUGUUAUGUGUUCAUCUUUCAAAGGAGAGUAUUUUCUAUAUUGAAAAUAAUAAUGAAAGGUGCUUCUGUGCUCCUCCACAAGUGCUUGAAAAGAAGUUGUGGUGGAAUAAAGAUGUUGUGUGUACAUGGUGUACGUUUUUGGUUAUGAACCAAGAGACGACAAUAUAGUGCUUUACAAAUUUCAGAUGAAUUUUCAUUUGUUUGAUAACAAGAAUGUAAAGAUUUAAUGUGUAGUUGUAUUGACUGAGGUGGACAGUUUCUAACCUGCAAUGUGAUGGAGAAUAAAGGAUAUGUGGUUUAGCUCAUAUUAGCACGAAGUGCUGUAAUGUGAGUUAUAAAUGUGAUAACUCAGUUUGCUGGUAUCUGUUCAUUAUUAUCUCUUAAGGUUAUACUUCACGUCUAACCCUGAUAACAAUGCUUCCUUUUACAGGUCAAGUUUGAAGAUCUGUCCUUCAGGGUAUAAAGAAUGUUACACAGUCUUAGGAGAAAUUAAUUUUCCUUGUACUAUUACCAAAUAAAGUGCAUCUUGUUGGAAAAUAGUCUUAAUAAAUCAAAACAGUCUUAAGUAAUAAAGAUUGAAGUUAACAGUUUGAAAAUUGGGCCAUCUGAUAUCAAAAUCUGGGUUAAAAUAUUCAUAGCAAACCAUUUGAAUCCUCCACAGGUCAAAAGUUCAGCCCCUUUUAGUUCGAAGUUUGGCAAGAAAGCUAAAUUAAAAUCAAAUCUAAAGAAUAAAGGUCUGGAUACAGUACAAAUCUUUGGACUGGAAAAAAAAUUGUUGCCAAAUCUUAAAAUAUGGUUUUUAAAACUGCUAUCUGAAUAAUUUUUGUUUUAAAUUGCAUCUUUUAUUACAAAUAGAGAAACUUUUAACUUUAAAUUACCGUCAUAUUUACACGAAAAGCUCUGGUUUUGUCAUCAUAGCUCUCUUGUUUUAAUAAGGAAAAUGGUGCAUGAUGUUCUAUAUAUAUAUUCUUGACUAGGAAUGAAAGUUGUAGAUCUACAUUAUGUAUUAGCUUAAAUGAUAAUGAUCCGUUAUGUGUCCAUAUCAAAGUGCUAUUGUACAGUAAAGCUGAAAAUUUUGCAAUCUGAGGUUAACAAUUAUACUGAUGUGACUUAUCAGCUCUACCAUUUCAUGCUAGUGGGGUUGAUACAAGACUUAUAUCACCAUUAGAUAGCCAGGACAUUAUCUGUAUAUUGAAGAGGUAUGACCAGGUAUUGUUUUAAUGGUUGAUGAAUUUUAGUGUCUAAAUUAUUAAGUCCCAGACAAUAACAACUUGUGUGCUGAUACUAGUAAAUGAAAAGUCUGUCAUUGAAGUUUAGCUAAGUAAACAUAAAGAAAAAUAAUAAUAAUGUAAAGUAUUAUUACAUAAAUAAUACCUCUUUGAGGCAGAAAAAGUAAGGAGUAACUGUAAAGUUUUUGCUGUAGAUAUUGUUAAAGGUUUAUACAGAAGUAAGUUUGGUUCAUGUUGGGAUAUAUCCCUAAAUUCUGUAGGAUAACUUCUAAAAUAAUUUGUUGUAUGAAAUAAUGAUCAUUACCACUUUUCUGUGUUUAUUGGUCGUUAUAAACGAGGUUUAUGUAAGCAUAUAAUUAUUCCAAAGCCUUCAAGUAUUUAUUGCCAUGAAAAAUAUGUAGAAAUAAUACAUAUUUGUUAUUUGAGAUGUUAUUAAAGAUGUAUUUUUACAGCUGAUAACUUGUUUAAUGGUGAUUAAAAAUGUUGGAAAAUACUG